AUGGAUGAGUGUGUCGGGGGAGGGGCAAGCCCAGAGGAGGAGGGACCGCGGUUUGGAGUUGGGCCACGGGCGCGCUGGGCGGAGUUGGCGGCUGGGAAUUGUGCGAGACGUGGCGGGUUUGCCGGACGAGGAGGCGGUGGCAUCAAGGAUGGACUUGAGCCCUGCGACGGCGCGGAAAAGGAAGAUGCUGGCACGGUAUCAGAGUACUCAUCGUCGCCUAUAGAGAAGCUGGGCACUGGCUGUGAAGGUAUCGCGGGCGAUGCCUUGGGCGUCGUUUGCUCCUCGCCAGGUUGGUCAGCAUUGGAGGGACUCUGGGAACUGAAUGCUGGCGAGGCUAUCGACGCUAAUGGCGGCAUGGAGCCUUUGCCAGUAGCCUCCCGAGCAGCUGACGGGGUGUCCUCCGAGGAGAUGGCUCCGAUCGAGCCUCGCGGCGUCCCGAUGAAGGGUCAGCCCCGAUGCUGCCUCUGA